AUAUACGCUCAAGAUGGUUCCGGCCGGCUAGCGAACAAUAGAGUGCGGGCUAUUAUUCAAUCCUCAGACAAUUUUUGCAGCUCCUCAAAUUUUUCAGCUGGAUGCCGAUUAGGACGUUCGAAAACAUGUCUGAGAAAUUGGCCGAAUCAAUAGAAGACGACAAUUCUGUUACAAUGCUGGAUGUUCUUCAAGUAGAAAAUCAGCUUGAAGAAGACGCGUAUGCCGUUUUAGGCGCUUCUGAUGACCAGAACUGUACUUACAACAAGGGAUAUAUAAGGCAAGCGCUUUAUGCAUGCAAGACCUGUGGUUCCAACAAGAUUCGUGCUGCUGUUUGCUUGGCAUGUAGCUUCCAUUGUCAUGAGGGACACGAACUUGUGGAACUGUACACAAAGCGACAAUUUAGAUGUGACUGUGGAAAUUCCAAGUUUGAUGGCAAGAAAUGUAACUUGGAGAAGAUGAAAUCUGCGGUUAAUUCUGAAAAUAAAUAUAAUCAGAAUUUUGAUGGAGUUUAUUGUGUCUGUGCAAGACCAUAUCCUGAUCCUGAUUCUGAAGGCGAUGAAGAUGACAUGUUGCAGUGUACUAUAUGUGAAGAUUGGUACCAUUCAAAGCAUCUGGAAUGUGAUGAUGGUGUACCAGCAGAUAAUGCAUACCAUGAAAUGAUUUGUGCAGGCUGCAUGCGAGAGCACAAUUUUCUUUGGAAUUAUGCAUCAAAAUAUGCUGUUUCAAAGAAAUCAGAUACACCUGAAAAAAAUGAAGAGGUAGAAGUCAGUAAGUUACCAGAAGGAUGUCAAAUGCCAAAUCUUUUAUCUGUCAACACUAAAGGAAGCUGUUUUUGGAUAGAAGGUUGGAGAAAUGCACUAUGUACUUGUGAAAAAUGCAAAUCGGUAUAUAAUGCAAAGAACAUCAUGUUCUUACUUGAUCCAAAAGAUAGCGUACAAGCGUAUGAGGAAGCAGGUAAAUUGAAUAAACAGGAAUCACAAUAUGAGAAAGGUAUGAAAGCUCUUGCAAGUAUGGGCCAUGUGCAAAAAUUAACUGCAAUUGAAGAGUACAACAACAUGAAGGAACGACUUAUGCAAUAUCUACAAAAGUUUGCGGACAACAAAAAAGUCGUACGUGAAGAAGAUAUUAAAGAGUUCUUUUCGGGAAUGGAGUCGAAGAAACGUCCGAAAGUGACCGUGCCAACAUAUUGUCGUUGAAAACUUGAAUUUUAAUACUGCAUUAAUCUUAUAGAGCUAUCUAAUAAUUAUAUAAGUGAGAAUGAGUAUUCUAAUAUGUUUCUAUAUCAGAUUGCAUUCUUAAAAUUUUCAUAAUUGAUAUUUAUUAUUGCGUCUCGGAGGGCCUUUUAAUAAAAAAUCUUUUGUUUGUAUUUUAAGAGAGAAAUAUAUUAAGGAGAAUAUAAUUUACAUCUAGUAUGUGUCAAGAAACAAUACGAUUAAAUGAUUUAUUUCUCCGCACAAUUUUUAUAUGUGGUAUUUAAUAUAUUAUU